UUCUCGAUAAAGCUUUUAAACUCUGUACUCAAUACUGAUCAGUGAUCUCAGAGGCUCUAGUCGUGGAAACCGACGUGAAACGAAUCAGUCCAAGUCACUGAAAAGUCUCAGACGUGAGCUCUUUUUCGUUUUAUGUCAGCAACGUAAAGAUUCUGUUAAAAAUUUUGUUAUUACUGUCAUGAACUGUUUUGUUGGUAACAUCUGCCUAUUCAAGUGAGGACUCGGAAGCGUAACAGAUUCCUGUGCAGUGACAAUUCCUGUUUGAUUUUUGUGAACUCUCAGCAAGGACUCCAAGAAAUGACUUCAAGUCUGCUCGUUUGAGGAACGGAUCUUGCCACAGAAAAUAUGUCAACGUCAUCUGUGAAUGGGCAUGCCUGUGCCAGUGUUCCUCAGAUCGGUCAAGGAGAUCAAGAUGAUUGCUGUGCUGAUUUUCAGUAUCAACGUCCUCUUGACUUGUUUCAGAAUAAGAAGCUUGUGAAAAUCUGUGCACCUAUGGUGCGCUAUUCAAAGCAAGGUUUCCGCAUGCUUGUCCGGAAGUACGACUGUGACCUCACGUUUACGCCCAUGAUCAUAUCAAACAGUUUUGUGAGGAGCAUCAAAGCAAGAGACAGUGAUUUCACUACUUAUGCAGGGGACAGACCACUUAUUGUGCAAUUUGCAUCCAACUCCUGCGAUGACUUUGCCAAUGCAACAGAGAUUGUCGCUCCGUACUGUGAUGGCGUUGAUCUCAACUGCGGUUGUCCUCAAAGAUGGGCAAUGUCUGCAGGCUACGGGUCGUGCCUUUUGAAGAAACCAGAACUUGUGUGUGAUAUGGUCAAACAAGCCCGUUGUCGCGUGGACCGAAAUGACUUUACUGUCUCAAUGAAAAUUCGCAUUCAUAAGGAUUUAAGAGAAACUGUGGACAUGUGCCAAAAGGCUGCCAAGACGGGUGUCUCGUUUAUCUCCGUCCAUGGACGCACGAAGGAACAAAGAGCCCAGCCCGUCAACCUGGAAGCUGUGAGGGCCAUCAAAGACGCCGUGGCUGUGCCUGUGGUUGCUAAUGGAGACAUCCGAAGUCUAGAAGAUUCUGACAGGGUACAGGCUGAAACAGGGGUGGAUGGUGUGAUGGCAGCCAGGGGUAUACUUGCCAAUCCUGCCAUGUAUGCUGGGUACAAGGACACUCCACUGCAGUGUGUACAAGACUGGGUGGACAUUGCCCUGUCUAUCGGUACACAGUUCCCAUGCUUUCAUCAUCAUCUGAUAUUUAUGUUGGAACAUAUUUUGAGCAAGGCCGAAAGAAACGUUUUCAAUUCUUUGGCAAGUCUUUCAGCCGUGCUUGACUUUCUCAGGGACAAUCUUGGCAUUACUUAAUCAUCAAUAAACGUAUAAGCAUACAA